CUUAAUCAGGAGUGCCAAAAAUUAGUAAUUGGAGUUGCGGUAAUUUAACGUAUACUGGACAGAUAUUAAUUUAGAUACAUGAAUAUAUAUAUAUUGUGCAGAGAAUAAAUUAAAGGCAGGCGGAGUCGAAUUGAAAUCGGACGAGUCUGGACGAAGGAAAAGGGAACGGCUCCAGAAGAAUGGACUGGCAAAAGUCAAGGUUAAAAUAAAGGAACCCAACAAAAGGAGAAAAAGAUAUAGCGAAAGGGUAAAAAGGCAGGAAAGAGAAGAAGAAGAAUAGGAAGAAGAAGAUGAAGAAGAAGUAGGAGGGCAUCGAAAGGAGAGAAAUGUGUAUAUAGAAACAACAUUAUACACUAUCACAACAAUACAAGAGCAGAAAACCACAAAGAAAAAGCAGAAUCUAAAUAAAAAAAAAAGUUCUCUAACAAUAUGUAUAUAAGAGGAGGUUCCAUCGAUCAUUAUUCACAUUAAUGGUUUAUACAAAAUGCUCCACUUCAACCCGAAAGCGAAAAAAAAUUACCAUGCAAACUGAUAAUGAUUAGUGACGAAUAAUUAAUUAAUAGUAAGAGAUAUUUUUGAUAUCGAGUAUGUCCUGCAGAAAGAAAAUUGAUUCAAAGCUUUGGCUUGAAUACAUCCAGUCGAUGGAAACUGAAGUGCGGGUUUUAAAGCAAGAUCUAGUCCGCACUCAAGAAGCUUUAAAAGCAGCGACCAAGAAAUGUAGAGAUUUGGUUAGAGAAUUGGACAAUCGAAAUAGUAAUCAAGCAUCGGAGAGAAAUCUUCGUGAUCAACAAUUAUCAAGAAUUCUUCGUGCUUUACUUGUUCUUGAAUCACGUUUAAAACAAGAACAAAAAUCAAUUAGACAAUUGCUUUGCGAGAAAGAUAAUGUCAUUAGAAAUCAACAAUUGGAAAUUGCAAAACUUCGACGUUAUACAAAAAAUUAUAUCAAAGGAAAACGUGAUAGCAGUUUAGGCCAAUCAAUAAGUGUCGAAGAAUCAAUUCCACCUGAGAAAAAUUCGUCUAAUUUUCAGGUCGACGAAUAUAAUAGUAAGCGUGACAGUAGUUUGAGUAAAGAUAUUGAGAAUUUAAAAUGUGAAAUAAUCACGAAAUUAAAUGGAUCUAAUUCACAAGAAAUUCACAAUGAUCAUUCACGUGGAAUAACAAAAACUCAUAGUUUUGCCGGAAGUGAUAUUUCAAAAACAAGUUUGACGAGCAGUGAAAAUACAGAUGCAUCAAUUAUAACAACAACCACUGAGGGUAGUCCUUCAUUAUUAAGUACCGAAGGUUUUUGUGAAGGUGAAAGUACUGAUGUUUCACCAGGUUCAACAUUAAAUAAAUCGAGUCGAUGUACACCGACAACAGUGACAACAGAUAGUGAAAAUGAAAUUAUGACAAUUUUAAAUGAUGACGAUGAUGAUGAGACAAUGAUGAAUGAUGAGGUUAAUCGUUUUUCAAAAAGAAGAUUUGGUGUACUAAGAGCAAAACCUUUAAAAAUGAUUAGCUCGUCACGUAUUCACGAGUUACCAAAAAUUAUUAGAACCGAAAGCACUGACGAUGGAAUGGAUUUGAAUUUUGUUUCUGACGAAGAAGAGAGACAUGAGCCUAUUUAUGUUAACUCGUGUACAGAAAAUAAUGUUAGAAAUUUACAAGGAGCAACGAGAACAAAUGAAGAUUGUAGUAAUAAUAAUGUUAAUAUAAUAUCAAAAAUCGAGCCAGAAGAACAGAAUCAAGAGGACACAAGUGGAAAUUGGUACAGCGAUCCUGAUGAGGACAGAAUAAGUGACGAUGUCUUUAGACACACGACAUAUCGUCCAAAUGGCAAUCAUAAUUCGGUUCUCGAGUGCGUUAAUCAAAUUCUCCUUAGGGACAUGGAAGAGGAUGAGAAAGUUCUUUCAAUUCCAAGACGAUUUAAACAUCGUGGUAAAAUUGUUCGUUUUCAACCGGCAAGACUCUCGGACAUUGAAUCAGUUGGCUCAGAAAUGGAAAGGCGAAAUUCCGAAGAAGCGCCAAUUGACGGUGAUAUAUCAAAUGAAAUUGAACCAUCAGACAAUGACACCGAAUCAGGUGCAUUUGAAGCGACAACAUCCGAAGAUGAAUUUGGCAUGAGACAUGAGGAAUCAUCAUCGGAAAUAAUUGUCAAUACAAUUGAACCCGAGGCAAAUAUUGAUGAAAAUGAAAAACCCCGUCCAAUUGUUAUUAUUGAACCGAAAAUAGAACACGAAGAAAAUCAAAAGAAACCACUUUCCUUCGUUCUACCACAAAAAGUGAAAGGUUCACCAAAUUUGAGUCCAACAUUAAAAAUGGAAAGAAUUGAGGAAAAGACUUGUCUUCAAAUGUCAUCCAAGGGUUUAACAUUAGCAAAAAAUCUUGAUUAUGAGGAUAUUGAAUCGUUACCGGAAAUGAUCUCACCAUUGCCAAAGACACCUCCUGCAUUACCACCAAAGCCACAAUUUAUGAAUAAUACACUUGUGUUGAAAAAAAUUCCCAGUCCAUCAUUUUUAAUUGAUGAAACAAGAAAGAAAAAUGUCGAUACUGAUACGGAACAGGGGAAAAAUUUAUUUCCAUUUACAUCGCCAAUAAAAACAACAUCGGUAAAGAGUCUUAAAUUUGAUGAAGAAUCAAAUAAAUCAACAAGUAGUGAAUCAAGUCUUUGGAAAAAUCGUUUUAAUAAUGUUCGAUCAUCAUUUAAAUCUAAACAUGGACCGAAUAAUAAAGAUGAGCAGAGAAAAAUUCCCAGGGUUACAAAUAUUGUAAGACAUUUUGAGGAAUUUAAAAUUGGUGGCGAUAAUGAUGAGAGACUCAGUGAUCGAAUUAAACCUCGAGAAAGGCAUGUUCUUGUCUCACAAUUCGAUGAGGACUUUGACAUUAGACAGAAUUUUGAAGAAUUCAAUUUGGAUGAUUGUGAUCUAUCGGAUGAUCCUGAUCGACCCGAAGGCGAUGGUUCGGAGACUUUAACGAGUGUUGGCGUAAUUGCCGGACAAACUGAGAAUACAAUAAUAAGAAAUAAGGAUAACAAUAAUAUCGUGAUUCCAAUUGAUAAUUCAAAUAAUGGCUAUGAUCAUUUCUUAGAAGCAACGGGACUCAGUACAAAAUCAAUUUUAACACCAUCACGGCUUCUUAGCAAUCAUAAAAGUAUGCUUAAGCCAAAAGAUAUUAAAUACAAAAAUAUGAUAAAAUCAAAUGCUGUUCUUGAAAAACAUGGACCAAGUCACACACACGUUAGGCAUUGGACUGGACCGUUUGUUUGACAUUGCGCCAAAAAUAUUCCACCAGAUGAAUCUCCAAAUCAAGGAAAAUCACCAUCGAAAGAUUCUUAACACUAAUUACAAUAAGUGUUUAAAACUCAAUUUAGAUGAACUCAAUUUCUAAAAGAGUACAAGGAUUUUUAGAAACAAAUAAAAAUCAUUGUUUUUAAAAGUCUUGAUUCUUUUUUCUAUAAAUAUAUUAUUAUUUAUUUAUUCUCUAUAUACGUGUAUGUAAAUUGCAUAAUAUUUUUAAAAUAGAAAAAAGAUAUAAUUAUCUUUGUGGUGAAAAAAAGUCUACAAUUUUCUUAUUAUUUUAAUAAAAAUUCUUGUACAGAUUCAAAAAAAAUAUAUAUAUAUAUUGUAAAUCCUUUUUACUUUUAUAAUUAAUAAUUGUAAAUUUGAAAAUUGUUAUCUUCCUUAGCUUUGUCCCUGCUGUGACAUAAAGUAAGAGACUCGAUGUUAUUAAUACUUCAGAAAAUAUUAUUUACAUUGAUGAGAAAGAUCAAUAAAAAAAAUCUUGUCACAUUUUAACUAAUUGUUCAUUAAUAUUUCAUUUAAAUUCUUAAUAAUUUAAUCAAUUCUAUUUCUCAAAGGAAUAUAAUUCAAAACAUUAAUUUAUAGCAAAAGAAAAUUAAUUUUUAUAUAAAAAUACAAUUUUUUUGAAUUAAAUGUACAAAACU